AUCUUGAAGCAAAUGGUACGUGAACAAUACACCACCACAACACAAGGCACCAGCCUAGAGAGGCCGGAGAACCAAUAUGUCUACAACAUUGGUAUUUAUGGCUGGAGAAAGCGUUGCCUCUACCUGUUUGUCCUCCUCCUGCUUAUCGUCCUAGUUGUGAAUUUUGCUUUGACAAUUUGGAUUCUUAAAGUGAUGUGGUUUUCUCCAACUGGGAUGGGACAUUUACAUGUUACAAAAGAAGGACUGCGACUGGAAGGAGAGUCAGAAUUCUUAUUCCCUUUGUAUGCCAAAGAAAUUCACUCUAGAGUGGACUCAUCACUACUUCUGCAGUCUACUCAUAAUGUGACUGUGAAUGCACGCAAUUCAGAUGGUGAAGUCACAGGCAGAUUAAAUGUGGGUCCUAAAAUGGUAGAAGUCCAUGGUCAGCAAUUUCAGAUCAACUCCAUAGAUGGCAAGCCACUUUUUACAGUGGAUGAAAAUGAAGUUGUAGUUGGUACAGAUAAACUUCGAAUCACAGGUUCGUAA